AUGGAGAUGAACGGGACGGAAGCUCGAGGCGAGGAGGCGGUGACGCUCGCUUUGAGUGUCGCCGUCACCGUCAUCUCCGCCAUCGGGUUGCUGCUCAACGCUUAUAUACUGUUUGUCAUUAUCAUUACGAAACAGCCGGCGUCAGCGUCGUCAGUGCUACUGGUACACUUAGGGGCUGUGGGGGCGCUGGCAAGCGGCGCUACACUGUGCGCAGGUGGUGGAACCUGCGUGUGCGGUGCAUUGCUACACGCACUACACCCUCUGCAACUUUGGACUGUCUGCGGCUUGCAUGCUGACCGCGCCGCUGCUAUAGCCGCACCUUUGCACUACGCGGCAAUUGUCUCCCCUAAGAAGGUAAUAAUCUGCGUCGCGACUGGCUGGGUCAUCCUUGCAGCUCUCCUAGCGCCCUUAGCAGCCGCCCAACCGCCACUGAUCUACAGCAUCGGCAUUGGAGGUUGUGCGCCUGAUUGUGGUGCGGGACCCGCAGCUUUAGGAUUCUGCCUUAUUUAUGCCUUCUUAACUCUCCUGACGCCUACAGUAUUAGUCCUCCUCUGCAGCCUGAAAAUACUCCGUAUAGCCCGUUACCAUAGGCACAGAAUAGCGGCUGCGAUAUAUGAAGUAACGCUGUCUGCACAGGUCACUGUUACCCAUCAACGUAAUCCGUUUUCCACUCCACCUCCCCCACGCCGACGAGCGUUAUCAGCUGUUCUACAACCUCUGGGAUCUCUAGCAAUACUGUACUUUCCAUAUUAUUGCGUGUUGAUAUGGCCAGCUAUCGCUGUCCCUCCACAACCUCUCGCUGCUUUAUCCGCGGCACUUUUAGCUGCGGCUCCACCCGUCAACGGCAUCCUCUACGGGGUUCGAAGCAGAGCACUAAGAGAUUCACUCCGUAAUUAUCGACGAAAAAGAAUGACAAAGAGUGAAGUAACGCAAGAGAUUCAAGCAAGAACACCGAGCGCUUGCGGUUCGAGGAGACCAUCUUUAUCGGCUGGAUCAGGCUGCAUAAGGCCAUUGACGACUCGUAGGUUAUCUGACGCUGCAGCAAUGGGUUCACGGGGAUCAGAGCGUCCGGCACAACGUGCAGCAUCAUGUAAUAUGUUGCAGGAGCCUUUGGAAAUUGAAGUGCCUAAACCUAGACAAUCUGCGAUCCCUAUAAUAAGAGCACCACCACAUGUUGUUCUUGGUCGCGCUCUUGGGCUGGAAGAAGGUGUAACCAGAGAACGUAGACGACGUCAAUCUCCCCGGAUAACUGUUACCAGAGCAAUGUCAGAUGAAUGCGAGUCACCAUCGCGACGUCCACUUUGCAGACAGCAUUCCAGAUCUAGCGGAGCUCUUUUAGGAACAAUGACCUGUUCCCGCGCACUUUCCGAGAACAUCUCUAUAGACCAUACUGCAGAUGAACAACUUCUCCUGUCUUGGCCUCAGCGUGAUUACGUCAAGCAAGAGGUUUUAUAA